AUGUCUGGCCAACGGCCACCGUCGUCGUUGCCGCCGCAGCCGCAGCCAUUCCGCUUCUGGCUCCCUUACAGAAGCAAUGUGGGGUCGUGGCGGCAGCAACCACGGCCGCCGGCGCAGCCAAUUACAUCCUCCCCUCGACCUCAGGCGCCACCUACGCCGCCGCCACCAACUCCGGCGGGGCCUGCGCCGGAGAGAUCAGCGCCACAUGCCGUGGUCGAAGAUAUCCCUCUCCAAGCCGAGUCGGUCGGUGAGUCGGACACGAUUCCGGUCCGAAGCGCAGGCUCGUCGCAGCUGCGAGGAGGCAGGCCGUCCGCGGCGGACCUGGAGCUGACGCUCUCCGGGGCGCCGCCCACCGGCCAAGAACAGGGCUCGGGCGGAGCCGACGGCAACCGCGGCGGCGACACCAAGAUCGCCAUCUCCGGCUUCCCGCGGUCGCGCCUCUUCGACGGCGCGCUCGCGCCGUACCGGCGGGAGAUCGAGGACGGCCUCAAGAGCCUCGCCGCGCGCGAGGCGGCGGCGUCGCGGCCGGAGGGCGGCCAGGGGUACCGCGUCGUGACGCUCGCCGGCCACAACGUCGGCGCGAGCAUGGUGCUCGGCAGCGCGCCACCGCCGGGAGCCGCGGAGGCAGAGCCGCCGGGCUCGGCGCCGAGGGUGGCCACGAACGUGAACAGCAACGUGCAGAGCGUGAACAACUCGUCGAUGGAGGGGAGCACGCUCAGCGCCGGCAAUCCCGGCGUGCACGUGGAUGUCAAGAACGCGCCCGAGGAGCCGACGACGGUGGCACCGACGCCGCCGCCGACCCCGAAGGAGGAAGAUAAGCCAAAGGAGCCUGUGAGGAGACCGCCGCUCGUUGUGACGCCGCGGGAGAAGAGCGCGGCGGCGGGUGGCGAUCACAAGGACUGA